AUGGACUGGGAGAGAGCUGCGCAGUAUUGGAGUACAUAUGGAAAUUACGCCAAGACAACUCGAGACUUUUUAAACGAAGGAUAUGGGGACGUCUAUAGUAUCGAAGAUGCCAGGCCGGAAGCGGCGCAGGCACUGCUACUUGAGGUUAUCGCACGGUCAGAAGAGGAUGGAGAUGACGAGUAUGACGAUGAUGAUGGUAUACAUCCAAUCUGGAAGGAAUCACUAUGUUGGAAAUACGAUAGCAAAAGAGGCUUCUAUCGCAAGGCAGACUUGCGAACAAGAAGGAUGGCAUCUUAA